AUGCUUCGCCGGACGCUCAGGCGGGGGAUGGCCACCGAGGCGAUCGGCCAAGCCCACCCGGACGUGCUGUGGGGCCACAUGCAGGGCCAGUACGCGGGCCCGGGCUGGUCCUGCUACCUCAAGUCCCUCCCCAUGCAGUGUUUUAUGAUGCAGGGCGGCUCCACCAUGACGAACGUGAACGACCGCGAAGGCGUCUUCGUCGACCCCGAGGACCCUCGACACCCCCUCGCGCUGAUGCUGUUCGGCCCGGACGGGCACUACGACGGCUCCAUGCUGAACCUGACGUGGGGGAACUUCGGCGACAUCUCCCCGGGCUCCCGGCUCAUGCAGGCGCUCUACGAUGCGUAUUUGGAGCCUUUUUCGAUGAAUCGCGUUUGCGCGCAGCUUUAUUUUUACCAAAAGGUCCCCAACAACUACCACGCCUCGGUGGAGGCCUCGGCGGAGUACAUCGGGCAGACCGCCGCGAUUAUCGGGCAGGUGGUGGUUGGGAUGGGCAGUUGUAUUAUGGAAGGGGUCACGAUUAAAGGGGAUACCAACUGCGUGUACAUCGCGGAAGGGGUUCAAAUUUUAGAAAAUACCUGCAUCGUCAGCGAUGCGCCGACGGAUUUGUUAGCCUACCAACGCCAUGAGGCGAUUAACCCGUAUCAGCAAUGGGAUGGGAUGGAUGGGGUUUGCCGGAUCAUGCCGAACACCAUCAUCGAGCAGAACUGCUUUUUGGAUAGCUGCUCGAUCGGGAGUUUUAACCGCAUCGGGCAUAAUUCAAAGAUCCUGAAGGGGGUGGUAACCGGGGUGAUGGUGCAUAUCCUCCCCGGCAGCGUCGUCACCACGGAUACCAAAAUCAACGACGGCGAGAUUUGGGGCGGCGCGCCCGCGCGGAAGGUCGGGGAGGUCGGGAAAUUCGAGUGGAAGCGGCCCUACUUUCCUUCACUGCUUCAUAAAGAAAGCGUCAAUGAGUCCUACCGGAAUAUGUCGUAUAAUGGGGAUCAGGUGGUGCACUUCGCGAACGCCAUGGGGGAGUUGGAGUCGUUGAUGAUUCAGUACGAGGAUGACAUCGAUCCCGAAACCAAGGCAAAGAUACGCGAUUUCGAGGAAGGCCGUGAGCCUUUUCACCACAUGGUCACGCGGAUUACGCAGGGCUGGUCCCCUGCCUUGCGGCCGGAUGAACGCAAUUUUAAUUUAUGCCCACCCUUCCCCGGUGUUAAGCUCUACGCCGAGCACGAUAAAGACUCCAGUGAUAGCGAUCUCCACGGUACCUAUAAAGACAUAACCAACUUCUACAACGACUUUAGAUGGUAA